AUGGCUGAGAUCAAUUACUUGGGGGCAGUCAAGUCACCCGGCUUAGUUAAGCUGACUGGUUAUCGCUUGGAAGAUGAACAACGGCUUAGUUUGUACGAGUUUAUGCAUAAUGGUAGUCUUGAGGAUCAUAUGUUCACAAAUGAUGUGCAGUUAAAGCCGCUCUCAUGGAGCUUACGUGUUAAGGUUGCUCUUAAUGCAGCUGAAGCGCUUGCAUUUCUACAUAGCUGCCCUGUUAAAGUCAUAUGCCGAGGCAUCAAGGCACCUUACAUCUUGCUCGACUCGGUAUAA